CUUGCAUUCCUCCCUCUCUCUCUCUCUCUCUCUCUCUCUCUCUCUCUCUCCAAGGAGGAAGGGAGAUAGAGAGAAGCUAAUACAGAAUCAAGAAGGAAAGCUUCAAUAAUUCAGAGCUGUUCACUAACUGCGGGUCUGCGGCGUGCAUGGCCAUGGCGACCGCGACGGCGAGGAAGGUGUCGGUCCCGGCCGUCCUGCUGGUGCUGUCCGUGCUCUCCUGCCUGCUCCUCGUCCACGCGGCGGCAGGCAACCGGAGGGCUCUGCUGCCGAGGGAGGCGGCCGGCGACGUCCUGCCCACGACGGCGGAGGAGGCCGCGGUGGGAGGGGAGGAGCCGCACCACCAGCUCGCCGACGACGAGGAGAUGGCGGCGGCGAGGCGGGCGGGGCUCCUGCAGACGGAGGACUACCCGGGGUCCGGCGCCAACAGCCGCCACGAUCCGCGGAACCCGCACUGAGACUCGCGCCGGGCGGCCAUGCCUCGCUCCAUCUAGUAGUGUACCACGCAUAUUCAAUCAUCCAUAAUUUUGCAUAGAUAAAUCUGUGGUAAUAUAAUAAGUACACACAUAAAAAAACAUGAUAUAAAUUUAAUUCAUCUCAUGAACAAAAGCAAUAAGCUAUAUAGCAUGCAAAUGCACUUGCAUCUCGUUUGCUCGUGCUAGUAGUCGACCGGUGAUCAACCCUAGCAUGUUGCAUGUGUCAUCAGUGUACCUCCAAUUCGAGUGAACAAUAAUGAAUAAACCAAAAUUACAAAGUUGUCUUAA